CAAGUUACUUACUUUUACGCAACGCAGUAGUAGGGACUAAUCAAACCGUGGACAAGUGACGUGUUUCAAUAUCGUCGCUUCGGGACAAUUCAGCGUAUAACGAUUAGUCAUUAGUUGUUCACGCGUUUAUCGGUGCAACUUCAAAGUGAAGUAUACAGUGUUUUUUCAAGGUAUCCGUGGUGUUUUCGCUUAUUUCGCGUACGAAGAGUGGAAACAUGUCUUUCAUUUCGCCUAUGCCUAGCCAGCAAUUUCUCUGGGAUGUGUUCCAAAGAGUUGACAAAGACAGAUCUGGUGCAAUCUCUGCAGAUGAAUUGCAACAAGCUCUUUCAAAUGGCACAUGGACUCCUUUUAACCCAGAAACUGUUCGUCUAAUGAUUGGUAUGUUUGACACUGACAAAAACGAUCCUGCUUCUCCAGGUAUGUUUGACAAGAAACAAACGGGCACAGUCAGUUUUGAGGAAUUUGGAGCACUAUGGAAGUAUGUUACCGAUUGGGAGAAUUGUUUCCGAUCAUUUGAUCGCGACAACAGCGGCAACAUCGAUCGUCACGAAUUGAAAACUGCUCUGACAAAUUUUGGCUAUCGGCUCAGUGAUCAUACAAUCGACAUGCUCGUACGAAAGUACGAUCGUGCAGGGCACGGUACAAUAUAUUUUGACGACUUCAUACAGUGCUGUAUAGUUCUAUAUACUUUAACUUCCGCCUUCAGACGGUUAGAUACAGAUCUGGAUGGUGUUAUAACAAUCCAUUACGAGCAAUUUUUGGGCAUGGUGUUUAAUCUUAAAGUAUAAAUCAUGCACAAUAUGCUUCCACAAAUAUUUCCUUAUUAGCUGUUGUGGCAACGUGUUUAAGAUCUACAGGCAUAUUGAAGUGCCAAAUAAAUAUAAGAAUUAUAUUACUGUAUCUGCAAAAAACUAUCAGAAUUUUCAAUAUUAAUAUUUAUAUGUACGUCUUGUAGUACAAAUGAAAUUUGGACAAAUUAUUAAGUGCUUUACUUGGUGAUUAUUAUUCAUUGAAAUAUAUGUUUGUGUUUGCUGAAGUUGCACUUUUUAGUUAGUUAUUAUUAGAGAUUACUUAUUAAUGGCAUUAAUGUUCUGUAAGAUUAAAAGUUAAUGAAACAUUCCUCUUAUAUAUUCUUAUAUAUUAUUACAAUAGUCAUUUUCCUCUUAUUUCUUAAAAAAGAAAGGACAAUGAAUGUUUAGCAGAAUAGUAAUUUUUGAAAAUUCUGAAGAUUUGGAUAACUAUGUGAUUAACUUACAUGGUGAAUGUUAAAUAAUGAACUGUAUGUGUCAAAUGAGGACAACUACUAAAGCUUAUUUGUGAAAUGAUUGUCACACAGCUUAUUAAUGUGUCAAUUAUGAUACAUCAUUUAAUAUUCAUUGUGAAACUCAUUAUGGAAUGUUUGAAAGAUAUUUUCAAAUGCAGCUUUAAUGUAAAACUUCCAAUUGUAUUGUUGUAUACAGAUUAUGUUAUUUGAUGAAAGAGUUUAUCACACAAAUGUAAAAAUAUACCUUGAAAUGAUCUUACAACAUAUAAGUUUAAAAUUUUCUAUAUUUCUUCACUAUAUUAUAAUUAUAUAUACACACACACACACAUAUUAAUAUUUAUCAACAUAUAUGUGACAUUCAUGUAACUCUGUAUUUUUCUAUCAUUAUAUUAAUACUACAAACGACCAAGAAAUAUACUUCUUUACAAAGCAAUCUCAUUGCAUUUCUUAAAAUUGUAACAAAUGUAUAACAGAAUCAAAGUGUUCUAUGGAAUAAAGGAUAAGGAUUAAAUGAUCAAUAGAUAAA